AUGCUUAGAUCUACGUGGAAUUUUCUGAAACGUCACAAAAAGAAAUGCAUCUUCCUGGGCACGGUCCUCGGAGGAGUAUAUAUCCUGGGGAAAUAUGGACAGAAGAAAAUCAGAGAAAUACAAGAAAGGGAGGCUGCAGAAUACAUUGCCCAAGCGCGACGACAGUAUCAUUUUGAAAGUAACCAGAGGACUUGUAACAUGACAGUGCUGUCCAUGCUCCCAACACUGAGAGAGGCCUUGAUGCAGCAACUCAACUCAGAGAGCCUUACAGCUCUGCUGAAAACCAGGCCUUCAAACAAGCUAGAAAUAUGGGAGGAUCUGAAGAUAAUAAGUUUCACAAGAAGUAUCGUAGCUGUAUACAGUACUUGCAUGCUGGUGGUUCUUUUGCGAGUCCAGUUAAACAUCAUCGGUGGAUAUAUUUAUUUGGAUAAUGCAGCAGUUGGCAAAAAUGGCACCACAGUUCUUGCCCCCCCAGAUGUCCAACAGCAAUAUUUAUCAAGUAUUCAGCACCUCCUUGGAGAUGGCCUGACAGAAUUGAUCACUGUCAUUAAACAGGCUGUGCAAAAGAUUUUAGGAAGUGUUUCUCUUAAACAUUCUUUGUCCCUUUUGGACUUGGAGCAAAAACUAAAAGAAAUCAGAGAUCUCGUUGAGCAGCAUAAAUCUUCUUUUUGGAUUAAUAACGAUGGAUCCAAAUCUUUAUUAUGCCAUUAUAUGAUGCCAGAUGAAGAAACUCCGUUAGCAGUUCAGGCCUGUGGACUUUCACCUAGAGAUGUUACCACUAUUAAAUUACUCAAUGAAACUAGAGACAUGUUGGAAAGUCCAGAUUUUAGUACAGUUUUGAAUACCUGUCUGAACCGCGGGUUCAGUAGACUGCUAGACAACAUGGCGGAGUUCUUUCGACCUACUGAACAAGACCUGCAGCGUGGUAGCUCCAUGAACAGUCUUUCUAGUGUCAGCCUGCCUUUAGCUAAGAUAAUUCCCAUAAUAAAUGGACAGAUCCAUUCAGUUUGCAGUGAAACGCCUAGUCAUUUUGUUCAGGAUCUGUUAAUGAUGGAGCAAGUGAAAGACUUUGCUGCUAAUGUGUACGAGGCUUUUAGUACUCCUCAACAACUGGAGAAAUGA